AUGUAUUUUAUUUAGACGAUUCUCUCUUUGGACAUAUUUGUAAAAAAAUAAAUUACAAAUCUCACUCUUAUCAAAAAGAGUAUACCAAGAAUGCUUACGCAAUUAUUUUUGCUUUCUUGAAAAAUCUAAAGCAUUUUACUAGUGUGCUAUCAUCUGUCAACAAUUAUCCACGCUUGUCGUUAUAUUUUUUACCGCCAACAUCUUUUUCUUCUUCAAUACUGACUGAAUUAUGUAUCAACGUAAAUGAUUUUAAUGAUAUUGAUGCUUUACUUGAUGGUCGUCUAAAACAAUUAACUAGAUUCAUCGUUUAAGUUGAAAUAAUUCGAAGUUCAAUAAACAAUAAGAUGUCUACAUUAGUAAACACGAUGUUUAAUUUUUGAUUAUCAGAAAAUAAUCUGAAAAAAAAAAUCGUUUUGGGGUUAUUCGAGAUUAUUUCAUAAUUAAUCGUUAUUCAUUUGAAAAUAAUUAAUGAAUCAUUGUCGUUAUUAAACGACCUGAUACAGCAUAUUUUGUUCUAAAUCUAUCCCAUUAAUUAUGUUGGACUUAUCUAUUCAAACAAAAUAAAAUAUAUAGUUAGUUCCAACAUAAACACUUUAAUCUGAUGAGGUUUUUUAAAGCUUCAUUUUCUUGACUAACGCAAUAUGUUAAGAAAAUGCAUUCCUAUAUAAUAUUUGAUGAUUUUAUCGAAUUGUUUACACGUCUCUAUGCAUCUUAAGUUAACAAAUACAAAGUAGUCAUUAUUACAAGAUAAUAAAAUAUAUUUCAUAGAAUUUUGAAAAUGAAUAAUAUUUAUUGAUAAUGGUUCAUAUGAAUUUAUUUCAUACCUCAACUGAUAAAAAUGAAGUAUAAAUAUUUGCUUUCUAUUUUUUAGGUUAGUCUACCUAAUUUAAAAUAUUUCUCAUUAACAUGUUAUCGUAGCAUCGAAGGAUUUGGCACUUAUCUCGAUAAUAAAAUUCUUAUGCAUAUACCACAAGUUCAUACAUUUACAGUUUAUAUCGCUUCUCCAAAUAUCAAUUCUGAUCCAGCUAUUCGUAUAUCUAAUAAUGAUAUUCAACGAACAUUCACAAAUAAAGAACAUCGACCGAUGGCUUCUAUCGUAGAUUAUUUUGACCCUUACAAAAUAUUAUGUCCCAUUUUUUCACUUCCACUUAAGUUUCAUUGUCACGUUGACAUUGGAAAUAAUAUUCCAAAUAUUGUAUUUAGUUCUGUUACUCAUUUGAAAUAA